AUGAUUAUUCCAGUGCGCUGCUUUUCCUGCGGGAAGGUCAUCGGAGAUCUAUGGGAACGAUACCUGAAGCUCAUCGACGAAGGAAUGCCGGAUGGUGAUGCGAUGGACGAGCUGAAAUGCAAACGGUACUGCUGCCGCCGAAUGAUCAUGACACAUGUGGACCUGAUUGAGAAGCUCCUCAAAUACAAUCCCGCAGAACGAGACGCAAAGAAGGCGGCGAUGAAUUAG